AGGUUAUCUUUGUUGGCUGCCUGUCCCAGAGGCCAGAGCCAUCCGAUCCCAUCGCCGCGCCGCGCCGCGACACGAGCUCCAGAUCCGCCGCCCGCCGCCCGCCGCCGAGCUCCAAACGCUGGGCUUUGAAGCUACAAAAUAAAUGCAAUCAGCAGCCAUGGAGAGUUUGAUCCACCUACUUAAUGAGUGGGAAAUACAGUUGCUAGUGCUCCUCAGUUUUGCACUUCAAGUGUUCCUCUUCUUUACUGGUGGCCUUCGGCGACGUAGCACCAAUGCACUACUUCGAUUUUCCAUGUGGGUAGCAUAUCUAGGGGCAGAUUUGGUAGCAAUAUAUGCCUUGGGGUUCCUCUCACGGCACAAGGAUGACACCCAGGGCAAAGAUACAUUAAGGGAAGCACAUCCACUUGCUUUCCUCUGGGCACCUUUCCUCCUCAUGCAUCUUGGUGGACAGGACACUGUCACUGCAUUUGCUAUUGAGGACAACAACUUGUGGUUAAGGCAUCUAUUGAAUCUGAUGGUCCAAGUUGCUGUGGCCUUGUAUGUCUUCUGGGCGGCUCAUCUCUACCAUAGUAUGAAUCUUCCAGGUAUAUUUGUGUUUAUUGCUGGAAUUAUCAAGUAUGGGGAGAGGACAUUGGCGCUGAUGUACGGUGUCCUAAAGAAUGCUACCCACAAUACCAAUGAAAAUGAAAAUAAUGAGGACUUGAAUAGGCUUGCGGAUCAAAGCUAUCUUGGCAUUUUUGCAUCUGCUUUGAAGUCAGCACCAAGUAUCCGACAGAUCUUUGCUGGACACACCUUGCACCAGAUGGAACCUCACCACCGAGAUAUACUGACAUCCGGUAUUAAUAUGGAUCAUUUUCCCAAGUUGCUAGAGGUUGAGCUUGACUUGAUGUAUGAUGACAUCUACACCAAGGCCAUGGUGCUUCGUACAAGGACUGGCAUUAUACUCCGGUGUGUAUCUCAAGUAUUUAUGGGGGUUUCUUUUGUGCUCUUCAUUGUAGGAGCAGUGAAGAACAAGUACAUAUAUAGUAGAGCGGACCUUGCAGUCACAUAUGUGCUAUUCAUGGGAGGUUUCUGUCUAGAAGUCUGUGCAGUAAUUAUAUUGCUGAUGUCACCAUGGACAUGGGCAUGGUUGGAGGCUCGAGGCUAUCGAGGGCUCGCUCGCAUCUCCUCCUUUCUUCUGGCCAGCAACUUUGGACGACCCAUGAGAAGGCCGUUGUGGUCGAAUUCCAUGGGACAGUACAACUUUAUGUGGUACAUGGGUUGUGGCCAGCAAUCAAGGCUAUCCAAGCUCGUGAAGAAAGUGACAAAAGGCCUAGUGCAGAAAGUAACAAGAAAGACAACAAGCCUAGACAACAACGAACAAGAAAUAAAGCCACUGUUGUGGAUGAGCAAGUUAUUGGACACAAAGUAUGUUGAGGUGGAUAAGGAGAUCAUGGACUCCGUCAUACGGAUGGUCUGCCAAUACAGUCCAGAUGAAUCACCCAUGGACGCCAAAGAUUGGCCAAAGCUUGGCCCCUUGCUGAAUAAGUUACUACCAGACAUUGGUGCGAGUUUUGGUUAUGCUAUUGUGUGCUUCCACAUAUUCACAGAAGCACACCUAGGAGAAUAUUUUAUUGUUUCGGAUGAAGAUAGAAUUUUGACAAGUGCUUGCCGGAAGUUGUCCAACUACAUGCUCUACCUUCUUGUUACAUACCCUGAGAUGUUGCCAGUCAGUGGUACCACUGAACCCACUCUGCUAUUUUUUCUUCAGAGCACUAUACAACAUGUUUCUUCCCACGGUGCUAAUAUUGACAUUCCACGUAUGGUCAACAAGCUGUUGGUAGAGCUGGAGUUACAUGAAGUCGACUCAUCGAGCAUUGAUACCUUAAAGGAGAUAAGAGACCUUUGGACAAGGCUUCUCAUCUACUGUGCUGGCAAGUCCCGAGCAGAGAUGCAUGCGGCGCAACUAAGCAGGGGAGGGGAGCUUCUUACCUUCGCUUGGUUGCUCAUGGCCCACAAAGAAUUAGGGGAUGUUGGUCAGGCCUUCAAUUUCAAUUCUAUAAGCACGUCGCCAGUCCCAAUUAGGAACUCCUUAAGGCGAUCCCUUGCAUUUAAACAUGAGAAUUUUUAUUAAAAAACCGGGUGUAACGGUUCGGUUCUUACUUUGGAUUUGAUUGGUUUAGGUUUUAUUGGGCUAAGAUUUUUUUAGUUUGGUUUUGGUUUGGGUAUGUGAAAAAACCAGUUUGGGUAUAGUUGGUUAUGGGUUUAAACGGUUUGGUUAUUAGCGAUUAUAAACUAUGGAUCCAAACCGAUUUCUAGGCAUUGGUUAUAUGCAAUAAUCAACUACGAUCGAGAACGAGUAUCUUUGAUCCACGUGCA